AUGACGGCGGAGAGUGUGGAGAGUGUUCUUGAGCUCCUCACAUACACCAAGGGCGUGGCUGCGGUCGUUGUGUGUAACCGCGAGGGGGAGCCGAUACGCGACAGCUUUCAGGAUUUGGACCGCACCAAGGCUGUAGAGUACGCAGACAUGGCAGCGGAGCUGGCACGCAACGCGGCCCCACUGCUGGCUGCGGAUGACACGUUGGACUCCCUGCGUGUGCGCUCCCGCACCAAUGAGGUCAUCAUCAAGUGCCAUGAGGAGUUUCUUCUUGUUGUUAUUCAAGAACUAUCGGAGUGA